AUGUCCCACUCUGGGCUACCUGAAGAACCAACGCCAUUUGGAGUCAGCGAGAAGAAGCAGUUAUCGUAUCAUGCAUACACUUUUGGGUGGAUCUGCGCGCUUCGGUGCUUGCUAGAUGAGCAACAUGAACAACUUCCAUCGGCUGCAAGAGACGACAACAGUUAUCUCCUCGGCCGGAUGGCAGGACAUAACGUUGUUAUUGCCUUCACCGGGUCAGGUAACUAUGGAACAAAUGCUGCUGCACAACCCACGGUACACAUGAUUCGCCCUUUGCACAAUAUUCGAUUCGGCUUGCUGGUUGGCGUGGGUGGCGGAGCCCCGAAUCGACCGGAUCCGCACGAUCCACUCAAUGAUGUUCGGCUUAGAGAUGUCGUUGUUGGUGUCCCAAAGGGAAAUCAUAGCAAGCCAUUAAACUUGCCCCAUUUCAUGCUGAUUGUUCCCGGUUGA